AUGGCAAGUCCCAGGACCAGGAGAGUUUUGAAGGAAGUGAGAACUGACGAUGAAAACAAUCUGUGUUUUGAGUGCGGCGCCUUCAACCCUCAGUGGGUCAGUGUUACGUACGGGAUCUGGAUUUGUCUGGAGUGCUCUGGAAAACACAGGGGUCUGGGAGUCCACCUCAGCUUUGUGCGAUCCGUCACCAUGGACAAGUGGAAAGACCUCGAGCUGGAGAAGAUGAAAGCCGGGGGCAACAGGAAGUUCCGGAUGUUUCUGGAGCUUCAGGACGAUUACAACCCCAACUGGAAUCUUCAGGAAAAGUACAACAGCCGGGCCGCCGCUCUGUUCAGGGACAAGGUUGCGACUAUAGCUGAAGGAAAAGAGUGGUCCAUGGAAACUUCCUCUGCCAAAAACUGGACUUCUCCCCAACCCAAGACCAGCCUCUCCUCUUCCCAUCGGCCAAGUGGAACCACACAGGACUCUGGUAAAUCUGGAGACAAGGCUUUUGAAGACUGGCUCAGCGAUGACGUUAACUCUUAUCAGAGUGGAGGCGGCUACAGCGGGAACCAGGAAAACCGUUACGUGGGUUUUGGAAACACGGUGACUCCAGAGAGAAAGGACGAGGACUUUAUGAACAACGCCAUGUCGUCCAUUUAUUCAGGAUGGAGCAGUUUUACAGUUGGAGCGAGCAAGUUCGCCUCCUACGCUAAAGAUAAUACCACAAAACUGGCCAGUCAAGCCCAGCUGAAGGCUACUGAAUUAGGACAGACUUUAAAUGAGACUGUUAUCAAACCCACGCAGGAAAAGGUCAAAGAUGGAAAAUUGUUAGAUGAAAUGGCCGUCGGCUUUUCUGGGCUGGCGAACAAGGUGCAGGGAGCUAGCUCCAAAUUAACAAAUCUCUUCACUGGAAAACCGGAGGACGGCUCGACCGGCGAGAGUUACCAGAACAUGGACAACACCGACGGCGGCUACCAGGGCGUCUCGAGCCAGACCGGGGGCAAAGACUUCUGGGAAACUUUCGGCAGCAACAACUCCCUAAAGGCCAAGAAAUCUCCCAGUUCGGACAGCUGGACCAACGUGGAAAACUCUGCCUCCAACAACAAGAACAGUGAGGAUAGCUGGGAGGCCUGGGACAGCAACUGGGAGAACUCGGAUGGUAAGAGCAAAAAGAGCCCCUCCAAACCGGUGGAAGAGAGCUGGGACAGCGCGGACUGGUGA